UUCUUCCUUGGACAAUUGGUUGGGUGUUUUCACACUUUCACCCAUAACUCGUAUUUAAAUAUUAAAUACAGAAUUUUUUGUUGUUUGGUUUUUGGUUUUUCUCUGUGUUUUCUUUGGUUUCUGCAUAUUUACUCUUCAGGAGUUAGGAGUGAGUGGCUUUCUUGAUUUAGCAUAAUUUGCAGAACCCACAAAAAAAGUUUUGAGCUUUGGCCUUUGGGUGCUUAAAAAUUUUCAUUUUCGUUUGUGUGGUGUUUAUACAAGGCCAAAGUUGAGAGCUUUAUGCGUUUUUUUGGUUGGGUUUUCGUGUUUUUAGUUGGAAUUUGAGUCUCUGAAUCAAAGAAAAAAUGUUGUCUGUUUCGCGUGGCGCAAGAACUCGGAGCUCGUUAGAAGAAAUGCUGGAGGCUCUGCAGCGGAGAGACGAUGACGAGAAGCCAAAGGACUUGCCGCCGGAGCUGCCGUCGCGGCCACGGCUGACGGCCAAGACUCGGCCGCCGUCGUUCAAGAGACGGUUGCCACCGAGCUUUGAAACUGGGAAUGGUGGAUUGGAGAGCUCAGUGGAGUGUGAUUCCCAGAAAGAAGAGGUCAAGGAAUCAAGAGGGAAUAAUAGGUUUGGGGCUAAGAAGGUGAAAGAAAUGGAGCCCAGAGAAUCGCCUUACAUCAUGGCAGGACAAAGGAAUGAAUCUAAAGGAAGAUUAUGGGGGAAAAAUGAUGGACCAAAGAUUGAUUCUGGGCUGCCUGGUUCACUGCCAAUGUGUUGUGAGGCUGAGUGGGAUGACAGCAUUGGCUAUUUCACCAAGAAUAAACUUAAUGUUUGGUGUCGCCUAAAAGAUGGGCUGUGGGAAUCAGGACAGAUACAGUCAACUUCUCGAGAGAAAGCUUCUGUAAAGCUUUCAGAUGGGAGUGAUGUAGUAGUUCCCACAGCAGAGCUCUUACCAGCAAAUCCGGAUAUUCUUGAUGGAGUCGAUGACCUGAUACAACUUAGUUAUCUGAACGAGCCUUCAGUCCUUCAUAACUUGCAGCACAGAUAUUCUCACAAAAGAAUAUAUAGUAAGGCGGGUCCUGUUUUAAUAGCGGUGAAUCCCUUCAAAGAUGUCAAACUGUGUGGAAAUGAAUUUAUUACGGCUUACAGGCAGAAGCUAGUUGAUGGUCCUCAUGUGUAUUCUAUUGCUGAUGCAGCCUACACUGAAAUGAUGGAAGAUGGGACCAAUCAAUCAAUCAUUAUGAGUGGGGAAAGUGGAUCUGGCAAGACAGAAACGGCAAAAGUUGCUAUGCAAUACUUGGCUGCACUUGGUGGAGGUGGCAACGGGAUAGAGUGUAAACUGCUACAGUCAAGCUGUAUAUUAGAAGCAUUUGGAAAUGCCAAAACAUCUAGAAACAACAACUCAAGCCGUUUUGGGAAAUUGAUUGAAAUUCAUUUUAGUGAAACAGGAAAAAUAUGUGGCGCUAAAAUACAAACUCUUCUUCUUGAAGAGUCAAGAGUGAAUCAGCUUGCCCAAGGAGAGAGAUCAUACCAUAUCUUUUACCAGCUUUGCGCUGGGGCUCCAGCAGGUCUCAGAGCUAAACUGAAGUUAAAACGGGCAUCUGAAUACAAUUAUCUAAACCAAACUGAGUGUUUGAUGAACGAUGUUGAUGAUGCCGAAAAGUUCCAUAUGCUCAUGGACGCCCUAAACACUCUCAACAUUUGCAAAAAAGAUCAAGAACAUGCCUUUGAAAUGCUUGCUGCUGUGUUAUGGCUAGGAAACAUAUCAUUUGAAGUGAUUGACGAUGAAAGCCACGUUGAAGCUGUGGCCGAUGAAGCUCUUACAAAUGCAGCUAGCUUGAUAGGUUGCAGUGCUCAUGACCUCAUGCUAGCUUUAUCAACCCAUAGAGUACACGUUGGCAAGGAUAAGGUUACCAAGUGGUUAACAAUGCAGCAGGCAACUGAUACAAGAAAUGCACUGGCAAAGUUCAUAUAUGGAAGCUUGUUCAACUGGCUUGUUGAUGAGAUUAAUAAAUCACUUGCAAUGGAAAAACAACAUACUGGUAGAUCCAUAAGUAUUCUGGAUAUUUAUGGUUUUGAAGCAUUUAAGAAUAAUAGCUUUGAGCAGUUCUGCAUAAACUAUGGAAAUGAGAGGCUUCAACAGCAUUUUAAUCGUCAUCUAUUCAAACUUGCGCAAGAGGAAUACGAGUCAGAUGGAAUUGAUUGGAUAAAAGUAGAAUUUGAAGACAACCGAGAGUGUUUGGAUCUCUUUGAAAAGAAACCAACCGGGCUUAUUUCUUUACUGGACGAAGAGUCAAACUUCCCUGGAGCUACUGAUUUAACCUUUGCCAGUAAGCUCAGACAGCAUUUGACAGCAAACCGGUGCUUUAAAGGAGAAAGUGGAGGAGCAUUUAGUAUUCAGCAUUAUGCUCGAAAGGUUCUCUAUCUCACCAGUGGUUUCUUGGAAAAGAAUCAGGAUACGUUGCCUGCUGAUAUUGUUCAGCUACUCUCGUCAUCCAGCUCUGAAAUACCUCGGUUGUUUGCAUCUUUGCUUAACCAAUCUCAGAAGCAGAGUGUUGCUACGAAGUUUAAGGGUCAGUUGUUCAAUUUAAUGCAACAGCUAGAAAACACUACGCCACGCUUCAUCUGCUGCAUAAAGCCAAACGAUAAGCAGCUUCCCGGGAUGUUCGAGAAAAAUCUCGUCUUAAAGCAGCUUAGAUGCUGUGGGGUUUUAGACGCGGUGAAAAUGUCGAGAUGCGGAUAUCCUACUCGGAUGACACAUCUUGAUUUCACGAGAAGAUAUAGCCUCCUCGUCGAUAAUCCUGUUCCUCGAGAUCCUUUAAGUACAUCUGUUGCUAUUCUCCAGCAAUUCAAUAUCCUUCCUGAGAUGUACCAGGUUGGGUAUACCAAAUUGUAUUUCCGAGCUGGACAGAUUGAUGCACUCGAAGAUGCAAGGAAACGAGUCCUGCAGGGUGCUCUUGAGGUGCAGAAGUGUAUUCCUCGCCACCGUGCUUGCCAUCACUUCCAUGAGCUCAAUGGCGGAGUGAUAGCGCUUCAAUCUUUUGUUCGUGGUGAAAACGCGAGAAGGCAAUUUAAUACGUUGGUAACGUCAAAAGAGCAGCUUGCUUCCAACAAAAUUGAUGAGCAGUUGGUGGCUGUUGUAAGAAUACAAUCAGCAAUUCGUGGGUGCUUGGCACGAAAGCAUGUUAGUAGCCUACGGAAUUUGAAGAAGGUAAUUCUUGAAAAAUGCAAAGCGGGCGGGAAGAUGUUGGAGGUGAAGGACUUGCCUUCAGAAGUUUUGCCCUUUGUUAUCGAAGAACUUCAAAAGCAUCUUUUCGUGUCUAAAACAACCCUGGGACAGAAGGAAAAAGAAAACGCUGCAUUAAAAGAACAAGCUAAACAACUCGAGGCACAUUGGUCAGAAUACGAAGCCAAGAUGAGGACGAUGGAGGAAACAUGGGAAAAACAAAUUGCGUCUUUGCAGGCAAAUCUUGCUGCAGCCAAGAAGAGUCUUGCAGCUGACAACGCUGUGGGUCUUCCACCUCGUUGCUUUUAUGAUUCCGAAGGUGCUGUUGGAUCUAGUCAAGAGAUCGAUGGUGGUCUUAGUGCAAUCGAUCGCCUUGUAAAGGAGUUUGAACAAAGGAAACAGAAUUUCGAUGACAAGGCCACAUCGAUUCUUCAGGUCAGCCCGGGACAGUUACUCUCUACGAGCCCUGAAGACGAACUAAGAAGACUGAAACUCCAGUUUGAGCAAUGGAAGAAGGACUACAAGGUCAGAUUAAGGGCUGCAAAGGUAAAAGUACACAAGCUGGGGCAUUCGGAAGCAGAAAGAAGCCGAAGAACAUGGUGGGGGGGAAAGACAAGCAAACGAUUUCAGACUUAAACCUCUUCUUUCGGUCUUUCUAGGCACGAAACAUGCUAGUUAAGAUAGGUUUGCCCAGGAGAACCGAGGGGGCGGGCGUGCGUUUUGUAUAUUUACCAUAAGAGAGGAUGAUUGGUUUUUUCACUUGAAACCCCUCAGAGUUCUUGAGGUGAGCCUGCUUAGUUAGUAUGUUGCAAAUUAUGUAAGUAGGGGAGAUCAUUGUAUAGUACUGAGAAACUGGAAAACAGAUGUUUAGUCCAAACUCUCAUAAAUUAUAUAUAAUCUACAGAAAAUUUUCAUU